AUGGCGAUGGGGCAGCCCUCUCAAGGACCCCAAAGAGGUGUGGAAGGCGUGAAUUACGUGCAACAAGGGGGCAACAACAGGUACUAUAAUAACCAACGCCCUAACUAUCAGGGUGGAUGUUAUAAUCAGUACGGGAACAUGGGGCAUCCCAACCUCUCUUAUGGGAACCCCAAUAAUGCUCUGCAACCACCUCAGGGGUUCACAGUUACUGAUGGAAUGGUUAAUGAUCAAAAAAAGAUGACCACAGAGGACAUACUCAAGUCCUUCAUGAUUCAGACUAACAAGGUCAUGGAACAGAACAACCAAAGGAUGGAGAAAGUUGAAUCAGACGUGCAAGGAAUGACCACUCAUCUGAAGAAUAUUGACAUACAGAUCAGCCAGAUUUCCCAAACUGUGAGUGCUAAUACUCAACCGGGAAAGUUUCCAUCAAAUACUAUCAUCAAUCCCAAGGACUGCAAAGCUAUACAUCUGAGGAGUGGAACAAGCUAUGAGGGACCUCCAAUGCCAUCUGAAAAUGAGGAUAGAGUAGUAGAAAAGAGAGCUGAAGAGAAGGAAUUGGUCGAAGAAAAUGAGACUGUGCAGAUUUCUACUCCACCUAAGGAGAACACGACUGUACAUUCACCUACACCACCAACAGCUCAUAGUCCAGCUGAAGUGAGGAUCCCUUAUCCUCAACGUGUUCAGAAGAAGAAGACAGAUGAUCAGUUUUCAAGGUUCUUAGACAUCUUUAGGAAGGUUAACUUGAAUAUCCCAUUGGUGGUGGCACUUCAAGAAAUGCCUACAUAUGCAAAGUUCCUAAAAGAUGUGCUCUCCAAGAAGAAGAGGUGGACUGACUAUGAGACGGCAAACAUAUCUGAAAAUUGUAGUGCCAUAAUUCAGAAAAAGCUACCGGCCAAGCUUAAUGAUCCUGGCAGUUUCAACAUCUCAUGCGUCAUUGGAAAUGACAGACAGACAAAGGCACUUUGUGAUCUGGGGGCGAGCAUAAAUUUGAUGCCAUUAUCAUUUUUCAGGAAGAUGAAGAUCGGCACUCUCAAGCCGACAACAAUCACACCGCAGAUGGCAGAUAGAACCGUCACCUAUCCUAAAGGAAUUGUUGAGGACGUUCUUGUGAUGGUACACGACUUCAUAUUUCCCGUCGAUUUUGUAGUGUUGGAUAUGGAAGAAGACAUGAAUGUACCGCUUAUCCUGGGGCGUCCAUUCCUUGCAACGGGAAAAGCAUUGAUAGAUAUAGCAAAGGGAGAGCUCACUCUUCAUAUGGGCAACAAACGCCACAUCUUAUCUAUCUACAAUGCUAUGAAGAGUCGUGAGGAGGAGGAACUUGUUAUGAAGAAGGAGUGCAAAGUUGUGCAUGUUGUAGAGGUCCAAAAGGCACAAGAAAUUGAGUCCACAUUUGGGGAUUUUUCUUUGCCGCAGUGGAUGUUGGUUCAUGUGGUGGAUCAAGUUCUAAAGAAGAGACUGCAUUAA